GUCUGUGCAUCUCUACUCGAACUAAAAAUGGAGAACUGUGAUUUCCUCCCGUAUCCCAUUGCCAAUGGCGGCCAUAUUGUGGGAAACGUUGUUGCAAGUUGAGAGCGGAGGGAGGAGGCACAUCUGCGGGAGUCCGUCCACUGUUCCCAGAGCUGUCUUUUGUCAUGUUACGUUAGCCUAGCCACGCAAUCUCUACCGGUUCCGGUUGAAAGGUUUUUGUUUGCCAGGGCUGGUCACCAUUACUCUUUUCUUCAUACACCGACAGAAGAACAAACUGAAGUAACGUGACUGGAUUAAUCGUUUCUAUCACGGAUUUCCCUCACGGCAGUUAUUUGUCUCGUCUCGUGAGGUGUUACGCGUUUAAGGAAUGGGACAGACUGUGAUUUUUAAGUUGAACGCAACAACACCACUUUGAAUGUGCCCUGAAACGUUUCUCGGGGACGAAGCGGUCGAAGACGCAUGUAACGUCAAGAAAAGGAAAGCGAAUCGGUAAAGGCUUGACUAUGGGCUGUGUCAAGAGUAAAGAGGACAAGGGUCCCACCCAGAAGUACCGCCCAGAUCCUUCUCAUCCCACCCCAGGUUCACACAUGGGCCUUUACGGACCGGACCCUACCCAGAUGGGACAGUCACCGGCGCUCAAGGGCCCCGCCAAUAGCUACAACAACCGCACACCUGGGCUCACCCCGUUUGGUGGCUCCACCUCUGUUAUCACGCCCUUCGGGGGAGCUACCUCUUCCUCCUUCUCCACCGUUGCUGUGAGCAACCCCUUUCCUGGUGCCGUCACAGGUGGUGUAACGUUCUUUGUGGCCUUGUAUGAUUAUGAAGCUAGGACAGCAGAUGAUCUCUCCUUCAAGAAAGGCGAUAGAUUUCAGAUCAUCAAUAACACAGAGGGUGACUGGUGGGAGGCUCGCUCCAUCAACACAGGGCAGAAGGGAUACAUUCCCAGCAAUUACGUGGCUCCUGCCGACUCCAUCCAGGCAGAAGAAUGGUACUUUGGAAAAAUGGGUCGUAAAGAUGCUGAGCGAUUGGUGCUGAAUCCUGGAAACCAACGAGGGACUUUCUUGGUCAGAGAAAGCGAGACCACUAAAGGAGCGUACUCUCUGUCGAUACGAGACUGGGAUGAGAUGAAGGGAGACAACGUGAAACACUACAAAAUCCGAAAGCUUGACAAUGGCGGUUAUUACAUCACCACUAGAGCACAGUUUGAGACUCUGCAGAAACUGGUGAAGCAUUACACAGAGCAUGCAGAUGGGCUGUGCUACCGGCUGACUGCCGUGUGCCCGACAGUGAAGCCCCAGACUCAAGGACUGGCUAAAGACGCAUGGGAAAUCCCUCGAGAGUCACUGCGCCUGGAGCUCAAACUGGGUCAGGGCUGCUUCGGAGAGGUCUGGAUGGGUACAUGGAACGGCACAACUAAAGUAGCUAUAAAGACUCUGAAGCCAGGCACCAUGUCUCCUGAAGCCUUCCUACAGGAAGCCCAGAUCAUGAAGAAGCUUCGGCACGAUAAGCUUGUGCCUCUUUACGCUGUGGUGUCUGAAGAGCCGAUUUAUAUCGUCACUGAGUUCAUGGGCAAAGGGAGUUUGCUGGACUUCUUAAAGGAAGGCGAGGGCAGACAUCUCAAACUGCCCCAGCUGGUUGACAUGGCCGCCCAGAUCGCAGAUGGCAUGGCUUUCAUUGAGAGGAUGAACUACAUCCAUAGAGAUCUGAGAGCUGCUAACAUCCUGGUGGGUGACAAUCUGGUCUGCAAGAUCGCCGACUUUGGCCUGGCUAGGCUCAUCGAGGACAACGAAUACACUGCAAGACAAGGAGCCAAGUUUCCCAUUAAGUGGACUGCACCAGAGGCGGCUCUGUACGGCCGAUUCACCAUCAAAUCUGACGGUUGGUCCUUCGGUAUUCUGCUCACUGAGCUGGUGACUAAGGGCAGAGUGCCGUAUCCAGGUAUGGUAAACAGAGAGGUGUUGGAGCAGGUGGAACGGGGCUACAGGAUGCCGUGUCCUCAGGGCUGCCCGGAUUCGCUGCACGAAAUGAUGCGGCUCUGCUGGAAGAAAGAGCCAGACGAGCGGCCCACUUUCGAGUACAUUCAGUCCUUCCUGGAGGACUAUUUCACCGCCACUGAGCCACAGUACCAGCCCGGAGACAACCUGUAGAGACCCUACAGGACCUAGAGACUCGCCACCACGUGCUAAAAUAAGCCACCGGGACGGAACUCGUCGUGGCACCUCCUCCCUUCAGCUCCCCUGCACCUGCUUCUUUAAAGAGAUGAUUUUGUUAUAUAGUUUCUUUUUUCUUUUCCCCUUCCCUCUCAAAUUGAUAAACUCAAUAAGAGCAUUAAACUGAUGGGAAGGGCGUUUUAUAGCAUGACUUUAUUUUUCCUGUAUGUAAGUAUGUGUGGUGGAGCCGAUGAAGGUAGUGUGUUUGAGAGAGGGUUUGGAGUUGGACCACAUCAUGCUCCUAGAACUCUGUCUGGAUGUACUAACCCGUAAGUGCAGAGAGAGGGCGCUGUGACGAAAGCAAUGAGCUCGGGGCUGAUGGCUCACAGUCGCACAAAGUUGGCUUUUUGUUUCUUCUCCCAAUUACACCCGUUUUCUUUUUCACUUGAACACUAAAUCCUUGUAAAAUGAAACCCUUCUUAAUUACGUUUUUCUUUGCUGUUUUUUUUUUGUUGUUGUUGUUGUUGGUAGUUCGAGUAGUUUAUUAAAAGUGACCAAUAACUGUGGAUGAAUCUGCGGCGCUGUGGCGGUAAUACAGAGAUGUUGUGCCAUUGCUAGGACAGAACUGUGGAAGUCAGAGAAAGAGAGAGCGCGAAUGAGGAUUUAAGCCUUUCUGAAUGUAUGAGAGCUUGAGAUUGACGUGAGUUUGAUCGUGGGAUCGAUUUACAGGGCAGAAUUUUUACUUAUCGAAAUCCGACUUUUAUUGUAAAUCACGAUUUUAAUAAGAGCAUUCAAUUUAAUCAAUCUGAGAACUUGAAAUCAUAUCCUGGGAGAUUGAUGAUUCAUGUUUCGUUAAGCUUCGUAAACUUUUAUUGAUAUGUCACUAUUUUAACCAGCUGCUAGAUUUCCAGUGAAAGUUACAACUAUUGCAAACAUACAAAUGUUAUUUUUCAUGUUUCAAAAUAAUUUAGCUAAGAGACCAUUGACUCAAAAACACUAAAACACAUCUUUUCAGUCCAUUAUUUCUCAAGCCGCUGUUAAAAUCCACCAGUGUAACACUAAAAAGUUUCACUUUUGCAUAUAAAAGCAUCGACACUGCUGUGUAUGUUUGUCACCCAACUCAUGGUACAUUUCAUUGUUUACACAAAUAAACUGCUUACGUCAAAGUGACUUUUUCAUCCUGACAUACGAAUGUGAACUUGCUUAAAUGACUUCACGCAGAUCCAUUUGUUUUGUCUCUCGUAAAGGGUCCUAAAGCAAUCAUGUGCUGAAACUGUCACCACCGUUUAUUUGUCAUGAUCACUGUGAAACUUCAGGUACUGCAGAUUAAGACCAUUUAACAGCUGUCGUUACGAUGGACUUUGUACCUAUCUGAACUCAGUCAAAAGCUUUACAUAGCUUCAGCAACACUACAAAUGACUUUUUUAUGUUCUAUCUGUUUAACUAAAAGUGGUACAGGUUUAAUAAGAGUGGGCAAAACAGACACUGUCAUACAGCAGUAGCCUACAGUAUUACAAGUCAAUCUGAAUAUACGUGUAUUUGUCACAUGCUUUCUGUAAUGUGUUCAUUUUAUCCAUGAGCAGGAAUUGAGUGAGAUCAUUACGUUGUGGAAAUGUUUAGAGGGCUCACUUGCGUAUCUUUUCAUCUAUAGAGAGAGGCCUUGCUUUUUUCCUUGUGUAUAUUAGCUCUGUAUUCCAGGGACUUUAUCCAAGACGUCACCCACACAUCUUGCCCUUCUGUUGUAAAAGGGCUAAAGGGAAGUCUGUGCAAAACUCUUUAGUUUUUUUUGUUUGUUUAAAAAAGAGAUAAAGUAAAUUUGAUGUACGUUGAGGAGGGUCUCCGAUGCAGAGUUUUAACUACAUAAGGACAUUUGUUGUGAAACAGUGGUUACGAUUACUAAUCUGAAGAAUUUGUACAGUAAAAAAAAUAAAAUUUUACGUAAUGCUUUUA